UCUGCUCAGUCUGUUUUGAAUAUUCAACGCUGACGUUGGGUCGAUUCCGUGUCGAAAAUGUUUUUCCAACUCUUAUCUGUAAGAUUGGCUGUGUCAUUGAUCCUUUUAAUCAGUGGACAAUGGACUUCAGCUCGUCCCCAGAAUCCUUACUACGUGGAAAACGGCGGACAUGGAUAUCCGCACCAUCAUCGCCAUCAUGGUCAUCACGGAUAUGGGUCACAAUAUGGACCAGGAUCCAAUGGGCCACCCCCCUUUGCCUUCGGUCGUUUUCCGCCGCCUCCUUCGUAUUAUCCAGAUAGCCAAUCAACUGGAGGUCGUCCACCGUUUUAUCCGAACGGUGGUGCAGUUCAAGGACAACCUGGCAGUCCAUUUCACCAACAUGAAGGUGGUUUUCAUAGAGGACAACAGGAAAACCCCUACCCUGUAGGUGAUUUUAACAGGGGGCAUCCAGGCCUCCAGCAACCCGGUGGUGAUUUCAACAGGGGCCAACCAGGUUUUCGGCAGCCAGGAAAUGAAUUCUAUAGACCACAACCCUCUGGAAGGGCGCCAGGACAUCAACAACCAGGCAGCAGUGAGGAGCUUCCCACCUACCCUGGAGGAUUGGGUGGUGAUGCAAAUACCCUACAGCCUCGACCUGGCCAAAACCCUGGUGGAUUCGAACAGCCAAAUGAAAAUGAAGGCGGAUUCCAACAGCCAGGCCAAAAUAAUGGGGGGUUCCGGCAACCAAACCAAAAUUUUGGAGGAUUCCGACAACCAGGCCAGAGUACGGGAGGAUUCCAACAGCCAGGCCAGAGUACCGGAGGAUUCCGGCAGCCAGGCCAGAGUACUGGAGGGUUCCAACAGCCAGGCCAGAGUAUUGGAGGAUUCCAACAGCCAGGCCAGAGUACCGGAGGAUUCCGGCAGCCAGGCCAGAGUACUGGAGGGUUCCAACAGCCAGGCCAGAGUAUUGGAGGAUUCCAACAGCCAGGCCAGAGUACUGGAGGAUUCCAGCAGCCAGGCCAGAAUUCUGGAGGAUUCCAACAACCAGACCAGAAUUCUGGUGAGUUCCAACAACCAGGUUUAAAUCAGGGACGGAAGCCCGGUACUUCCAAUAAUUCCAUACAACCGCGUCCCGGAAUCCCAGAUGAAGACUUCUCCGACUACAAUUUCCAGUCCCCCAAGACUUUGCAGCCUCGACCCGGUCAGGAUCACGAAACUGGGGGCUCUGGCGGAGCGCAGACUAUUCAACCGAUUCCCGGACAGUCUUCUGUGAUCCAACCUAUUCCAGGGCGAGGUCAAUCUUCUGACAAUGUUGGCCAAAACAUCAAAGACCUUUUCAACACCCAAGAUUUUCUGUCACCAGAAUUGAGCACAGCGCCUGGGGCCAACCGAGAUCCCAAGUCGGAUGCUGAGGAAGCAAGUCCAGAAUCGGUGAAUCAGCGCAGUCUCUUCAACCUGGAUCCCAAGUGUGCAGAAGGACUCAAGGUCAUGGCAGGACGUUGCAGGAAGGAAGCCUAGGGAAUUCGCAUUCAAAUUAAAUUCUGAAUACUGCUGUUUCAUGUACACAAUACAUAUUUCAUUGUGCCAUUAAAUCUGUCAUUAUGUAUAAUAA